AUGGACGACAUUGCUUCAGAAAUAGAAUUUCUAUGCGAUAAUGCAAAUAAUUCUAAUCGAAUGAAUGGUGAAGUAGAUUCUCCUACUGAACUAGAAUCAAUAAUUUUAUACGAAGGAAAGAAAUUUUCUACUUGGGAAAUUUGUGAAUCGUUUUUAGAUGUAUGGGCUAAAAAAAAUACACUGCAGAAAAUCUUACAAUAA